UACUUAGUGUGUCUGUGUUUGUGCACCGCUGCCGUUAGGAGACAAAGGAUCUGUGCUUUUAUAUUUGUAUCAAAUUUACAGUUUUACCACACUAAAGACGUUGGGGGAGUGACUGCACAUACAGUAGUUAGAAAAUGAUGGAAGAGGCUAGAGAGGGGUCACUUAGUGUGAGUGCCCAAACUAUCCGGGUCUCUGAGGCCGUGAGAGACGGGGAUGCACUGACCUUCAUAGUCAUGUCCCAGAAGUUGUCAGGCAGUGGGGAAUACCAUGUGGCUAGGACUCAUGAGGACUUUCAGUGGUUGCAGCAGUGUCUGUUCUCUCAGGAGGUGGUGCCUGGGAUACUGGGUGUCAUUUUUCCUCCUCUACCAGCCAAACCUCAGUUGAAUGCACCAACCAAAGUUCUGAAACAACUUGGUUUCUUGGCCAUGGGGGAGGACUGGCGUAUGUACUGCAUGGCACUGGAGACCUAUCUCCAGCAGGUGGCAGCACACACCAUGCUCAGCAAGAACAAAUGCCUGGAGAACUUCCUCACUAGCUCAGAGCCCCCAGGUCGUCAGAGGGUGAGGAAGGGUAUCUUCAAUCGCCUGAGCCAGGCCAUGGAAGGGAUGAGGAAGGAGGGCCACAAGGAUGUGGAUGACUUUUUUCAGACUGAGCGUGAUAACAACUUAACCCUCACUGGGUGCUCCAAAUCAGCAACAGAGAGGUUCAUUGAUGUGGUGCUGACAGAACAAAAACUAGCAGUGGCUUGUGGACACUUCUCAACCGCUCUGCAUCUCUGUGUGGAGCAGGAAGAAGACUCGGCUGUCCUGGCCUUCUCAAAGAUAUGUGUCAAGCUGUCUGAGGUCAUAGAUUCAAUCAAGAGAAACUUUGAGAGUGUUGCUGAGAACAACUUUAGCACUCUGGGGCUGGGGCUGGAUCUGGAGUCUCGUUGCCAAGAGGCAGAAAAGGAGAUGCUGUACAGGAGGACCUGUAAGCUUGUGGUGCUAGAAACAGCCAGCAGGAAUGCAGAGAGAGCCAAGCCUGUAAAGACAGCUGCUAUGGACGAAUUGAAGGUGGCAGCUGAGAAGGAGUUUGAUCAUAUAUCUGGAGUGGCUAAACAGGAGAUAGCAAGGUUCCACAGUACUCGUGUGGAGUUGUUACGCCAGGCUUUGAUUCUGUGGUGUGAGAAGCAGCUUGAAACAGCCAGGGACACCUCCUUCCGCUACAGCGAGCACUUGCAGGCCUUCAAAGGGCUGGGGGAGUGACCACCACCGGCCAGACACACCCCCUCCCAUGACUGCCACACACCCAUCUGACCCACCUGAACACAGUUUGACUGUCUGAGCACCUCACACUAAAUAUGUCCAUGUAUUGUCUAUGUAUGCGUCAAACCCUGCUUCCAUUAAACUUGUAAAUGUAAGGAAAUCAGUAUAAUCCUUAUAGCAAUAAUAACCCAAUAGCUUUGUCUCUCUCUCAGUCACAUACUGUGUCCUUUGUCCAAACCCCCUCCCCCUCUCCUUAGCACUUUAGCAGAGAGGGAGUUGGAUUGUCUCUGUCAGUAUUGUGCAAUGGUGCAGACAUUGAGGAGAGAGAUCUCUAGCCAUUGCCACAUCAGCAGUAAGGGUCACACAAAAUAAAGCAUGAUGAACUGAUUGCCCAACUCUCUGGCUGCCUGUGUGUGUUUCUCACUCCAGGGUCAUUAAUCAGUGUGUUAGACUCCGCCCAAGGACACUCCCACUCUCUCUGUAUUCUGACUCUGGGACUGUUCCCUCUGCUCUUCCCUCUGUUUGGUUUAUACGCUGAUUCAAUGACUGUUCUUUCUUCUGGUGCUUCCUCAACUAACUGUGGCUGGGCCCUAAGAUGAUCCUUCUAUUACUGAAUGUGAGUGUACUCUAGGCUGUCCAAUUCAAAAAGACUACUAACUCUACCCCUUGGCACAUGUUUGGAUGUGUUAUGUAUAAGCAAUAUGGUAAUAGUUAUGGUAGGCUGGUAUUGCUUAAACUUCUUCAUCCUCCCAAAUCUCCAUAAGUGGUUGGGGGUCAAUUCUGGGAUGGGUCGAUCCUAUAACUGAUCUUUGUGCUGUUCUCUCCCCUGACUCUCCACUGUGGCUGACCCCUGACUCUUGAUCCCUGACUCUCCACUGUGGCUGAUCCCUGACUCUUGAUCCCUGACUUUUAACUGUGGCUGAUCCCUAACUCUUGAUCCCUGACUUUCCACUGUGGCUGAUCCCUAACUCUUGAUCCCUGACUCUCCACUGUGGCUGAUCCCUGACUCUUGAUCCCUGACUCUCCACUGUGGCUGAUCCCUGACUCUUGAUCCCUGACUCUUCACUCUAUCACUCUUCACCCUGUGUUGACUCUGCUGGCCAUAUCUAUGAGGAUGCUGCUGUGUCUUUGAGCUUUUUUGUCUUGGUCUGUAAUCUGUGAGUUGUGGGGAGGAGUAAAUCCCAUCACAGUAAUCAGGGAGAAAGGAAGAGUGCAGGAUGUGGUAAUCUGACAGUGAAGGAGUGUUUGGACACAGCAGAGAUGGUCUUGACAUCAGGCUACAUACUGCUGUAUUCACCGUGUUCUGGAGUCAAGAUAACCCAGCCGUAAAGCCCACUGCUGCUCUCAACAGCAUUGCAAUUCACCUAUCCCAUUUCAAAUACCUGUAUAUCCAUUUUACUUGCUUGUAAAUCUGCAUGCUCUGAUUUGGUGCAUGCAUUCAAGAUAGUCCCAAUCAGUGAUGUUAUUGAAUUUAUCAGGAGUUGGCUGUAUGUUCUAACUAUGCAUGUUUUCUGUUGGCAUGUUUCCUCACUCUCCCUCUUCCUGUUUACUGGUGUUGCGGUUCCUGUUUACUGCAUGUGAUUAACUAUCAAGGCAAUUACAUGCAAUCCCCUGUUAGCCACUGGCAUACGUUUCACUCAGUAAUCUAUACAGAGGUCACUGCAUCAUUGUUCUCGACAUGUGGAAUCAAUUCAAUCAGACUGGAAUACAUUCUGUGCCUGAUGCUGUGAGCAGAAUUUAAUACAGAACAUUGUUCAUUUUGUAAAUCUUACCAAUAAUACAAUUAUGCUCAGAAAAUCAUGUGAGAAUUCUGAGGUAUUUAAUAAACCAAAGCAUUUAACAAUUGAUUUGACAUCAGAUUUUUGAUUUCAGUUACAACAGUUUUGUGUGUUUUUUGUGUGAUGCUUUUUAACUGCUCUUAUCCCCAUGGCUUUGGUGCCAGUAUCAAAUCAAUUUAAUCAAUAGCUAAACAUUUGGUUUAACAGGUUUUAUAAGAGACUAGUGCUCUAGUGGCUUGACACAUUGGCUGUCAUUCGUUUGUUUUUUAUAUGUAAGUACUUUAUCAUUCCUGCACUAAACAUAUACAGUAACAUGAUUCUAACACCUCAAUGUAUUUGAAGAUGCAUAACACUGCUGAAUACAACUAUUUUGAUUCUAAUGAAAUGCGCAAUAAAGAUGUGUGAAGGUA